AUGGCCAACACUAAGAAGAGCGCUAUCAACCAAGUUGUCACUCGUGACUACACGAUUCAUAUGCACAAGAGACUCUAUGGUGUCUCUUUCAAGAAGCGUGCUCCUCGUGCCAUCAAGGAGAUUGUUGCAUUUGCCCAAAAGCAUAUGCAAACUAAGGAUGUUCGUGUUGACCCCUCUUUGAACAAGGAGGUUUGGAAGCAAGGCAUUAAGGGUGUUGCUCACCGUCUCCGUCUCCGUCUCUCUCGUAAGCGUAGUGACGAGGACGACAAGGCUCUUUACACCCUUGUUCAGGCCGUUGACGUUGCCAACCCCAAGAUGGAGACCAACACUGUUGAGGAAUAA